AUGAAAAAAACAAACUCCCUAGCAAAAGCUCUCAAAUCUGUCACAAAGAACCGAGAGAGAGGAAAUACGUUUCGGUCACUCAGCAGCUACUUACUCUACGAAGAAGAAGAGAGUGGUUCUGCUCAAGGAAGUCUGAGCCAUGGAGUCUACGGUGGUAAUGGCCAAAGCAGCCCAAACAACGGUGGUUAUGGUCAAAGCUACCCAAGUCCUGGAUGUUACGGGCAAAUCAACCCCUAUCAAGGAAGUCCGAGCCAUGGAGUCUACGGUGGUAAUGGCCAAAGCAGCCCAAACAACGGUGGUUAUGGUCAAAGCUACCCAAGUCCUGGAUGUUACGGGCAAAUCAACCCCUAUCAAGGAAGUCCGAGCCAUGGAGUCUACGGUGGUAAUGGCCAAAGCAGCCCAAACAACGGUGGUUAUGGUCAAAGCUACCCAAGUCCUGGACCUUACGGGCAAAUCAACCCCUAUCAAGGAAGUCCGAACCAUGGAGUCUACGGUGGUAACGGUCAAAGCUACCCAAGUCCUGGACGUUAUGGGCAACUCAACCCCUAUCAAGGAAGUCCGAACCAUGGAGUCUACGGUGGUAACGGUCAAAGCUACCCAAGUCCUGGACGAAGUCAGAACCAGGGAAACCAAACCGGCUAUGGAAGCCCCAAUCAAGGAAACAACAGUGGUUACGGAAACUACGGUGGUAAUGGAAGCCCCAAUAAUGGAAACACUGGUGGUUAUCCUUAUCAAGGAAGCGGUGCCUACAACUACAACUACCUCAAUCCCAUUUACGGUUCUUACGGACAAGGCAGUAGAAGUCCUUACCGUGGUCAAAGAAACCGGAGAAGCCCUAACCACGGCGGUAAGAACCAAAGAAGCCCUAGCUACGUCGGUAAGAACCGUCACGUCUCUCCAAGCAGCACUACCAGCCGUGGUUCCGAGACUGAAGGCGGUGAAAACAGCCCUAAGAACCCUGGUUCUGAUAAUUCUGACGGUGAAAACACCUACACCGCAGAGGAGAAAGAGGCAUUGAAGAAUUUCCCUGGAGGGAAGUUUCCUCCUGGUUAG